UUGCACAUACAGUUAGUUCUGCGUUCGUUUAUGAGAACAUAAACACAUUCAACAUGGCGGCUGCGAUAAAAAUUUUAUGCUUGGUUAUUUUACAGAAUCUUGCAAAUGGUCAAUCCUUCACGAAUAACAACUGCAAACAGCCACAUAAAUGUUUGUUACUGCAUUACAACAGCCCACCGGAUCCAAAACUAAAAGGAGCUUUUCUAAAAUGUUCGCACUAUGGACUUAAUGAUAAAUUUGAUCGGAAGAAUGGUAAUUGGAAUUUACAAAGUAAAAAAAAUGAUAUGUUUUGCUCGUAUCGACCUGAUUGUAACUUAGUUUUCGACAAUAAUGAAUCGCAAAUGUGCAUUGGUUCAGACGUGGUUAAUUCGUAUGGCUUGAUGGAAGCACAUAUUUUAACUGUUCGCUACCAACCUUGCAAAGAUAUUAGCGACUGGAGUGCUUGGACAAAGUGUGAAAAGGAUUUACAAUAUCGAUUUACGUUGUGUAACAGCAACAAAGGACAUUUGUAUUCGUAUCAAGUUAGAAUUUGUACAAGUCUUCAAGUAACACCAUCUUCUAAAGCGAAAUCAACAUUCUUAACAACAUCUAUGGCGACUGAAUUUACAAGAACAUCUAUUUCCAUUACACCUAUCUUGACCAAAACGCAUAAAUUGGCGACAUUGCAAUCAACUUUCACCCCAUCCUCUAGCCAAUCAACGCAGGUUCUGCUUACUACAACAUCUAGAGUUUCCAUCACUGCUACCAUCACUACAACACCCUCCUCAUCUGUGCUAGCAUCACCUGUCGUCCCCCCGAAAGCAUAUUGUCCAUCCGAAGCAAUUGGAGAUGUUUCGUACAAAGGAAGAUACAUCUUUCCAAAGACUGCAGUGAACACCAAUGUAUUUAUAUCAUGUCAAUAUGGCUACAUUGAGGACAAAGUGGAGAUGUUUAGGACUUGCUUACUUUCUGCAUUUGGAAAAGCAUUAUGGAGUGAGCUGGAUUUGUCCAAUUGUGCUGCUAAAUCAGCAAUAUCCAACAAAUUGAUAAAGUUAUUGAAGAAACCCAUUACCUCUGAAACAGUACAAAAUGUUACAAAGCAACUAAAGAAUGUCUUGAAGGUUUCGAAACCAAUCGAAGCAUAUCAGGAUAUUGAUAAAAUUAUCAGCAUUAUUGAAAAAUGCGUUCAAAAGGCUGGUGGUGAUGUUACGAUUACGACCAACAUCUUCGACAGUAUCGGUUCUAUACUGAACGUAGAUGACAAGGUGCUAUCUAAAUCCAAAUCAACUAAGUAUAUGUUGAAACUGCUAGAAAGUCUUGCUGAGGAGUUGAUUAAGAAUGGAAAGGAAGUAUCGUUUUCAAGUCCAAAUAUCGCUUUUGGAAACGUACAAGUGAAGUCGGAUAAUAACCUCUGGAUACAGGCUGAGAAAAAGAAUGAUGUUGAAACUUUAUCAUUUGGCAUUGAAGAACCGAAAAAGAAUAUAACUACGUCAAUAAUGCUACCGAAAAACAUUUGGAAGAAAAAAAGCAACCAAGUGUACAGUUUUAGCUUUAAUUCGGAUAAAUUUUUUAAACGAAAUGAAGAUGAUAAAGGGUUGAUAAACAAGAAGAGGAUGAAAGUUGGUAGCAAGGUCAUAUCAGCUUCAAUUUAUAAAAGUGUUGUCGAGAAUUUAAAAGAUGAUAAAAUACAGCUAUCAUUCGAGGUAACAGAUAAAAAUGCUACAUCAUGUGGAUACUGGGAAGAGAAAUCUUCUGUUAAUCAUUGGUCAACAAAAGGUUGCUAUAGGAAGAAAAUUACCCGUUUUGGCAGCAGAAAGAUUGUACACUGUGCAUGUAACCAUUUAACGAAUUUUGCCAUUCUAUUGGCUGUUGAUGAAAAUCGCCAAAUAUUAAAAGAACUCGACAUAAUUAGUUUUAUUGGUUGUUUGAUAUCAAUUACGGCAUUAUUGGUUACAGUAGUAAUUUACACAGCAUUUCGAGAGUUACGAAGAUCUGUUCCACAUCGCAUUCUCAUCAAUCUCUGUUUAUCACUUACUGCAUUACUUGCUAUCUUCAUUGCUGGUGUUGACAAAACCGAGUCAGCAGCGAGUUGUCAUUCAGUGUCAGUUUUGAUUCAUUUUUUUACCGUUUCAACAUUCCUGUGGAUGGCUGUUGAAAGUGUUAGCUUGUACAGAAGUGUUGUGAAGAUAUUCAAGCGAAGAACAAACAAGAAAUUAUUCUUCUGGUGUUGUUUUGCUGCAGCAUGGGGUAUACCAGCAGUUCUGUCAGGAAUUACCAGCUACUUUACUGAAGAACAGUUCAAAGAAGAAAGUAAUUUCUGCGUUAUUAAGGGCAACCUGUUUAUCAUCACAACCUUGUUUCCAGUUUCCUGUAUACUUAUCUUAAAUACACUUUUAUUUGUUCCCAUCAUAAGACAAAUACACGGGCAUUUGAAAAAGAAGGAGAAAUUUCAAACAAAAAAGAAUCCGUGGAGAAGAGUAAGGGUGACGAUCUCCAGCACUGUGAUUCUUGGUUUAACGUGGAUUUUUGGUGUUAUUGCUCUUGGUGACUUAAGGCUAUUGUUUCAAUGGCUUUUUACAUUAUUAAACUCACUACAAGGGUUGUUCAUAUUUGUUUUUCAUGUUAUUCUAAACUAUGAUGUUCAGCAAACAAUUCGCAGGGUAAUGGGAUACAAAUAUAGAAAACAAACAAUGUCUCGAUCAAAAACAAGCACGAUAAGACUGGCCGCAUUAUGAUGAGAGUAAUCGAGAAAAAACUCAUAACUGAGUCAUGGUACACGAUAGAAAAUACAUUGUCCCACUCCUUCUUCGAAGAAAAAUGAUAACUGUAGCACUCCUUCGUUAGAGAAAAACGAUAAACUGGUAUAAACGCACCUGGAUAGAGUUUCAACAAUAUGCGCGCGAUAUAGAUAAACUGAAAGGAACUAUACGGUGUAUCCUCAACAUAUGUAUCAUCUUUUGCUUUUCUGCAUUGAUAUUUUGACAAGAUUAUUAUAUAUCUGUUUUGAGAAGUAUCAUAUUGAAUAGUUUAACCUACUGGAACAUGAUUACCGUAAAUCCUCGAAUAAACGCCCAGGGCGUUUAUUUGAUUUUACUAAUUUUGAGGGAGGGGGCACUGCUAUCAAAUAGGUAUUCAAACUAUAAUUGUUUAAAGAUUGAGGAGAAGUACAAGUCUAUGUAAUGCUGUGUUUCACACAUUUAAGAAUAUACAAGUUGGUUAUAAGGAAAUACGUGACUAUGUGGAAUAACGGGUUUUGCUUCAUGUGGCUAUAUAAGAAGAAUUUGUUGGACCAAAAAGUCACUUGGGCCAAGAGUUAGAAGUACGAAGUGAAGACUAAAGAUUAUUAUCUCAAAAUGAAGUGGCUAGGUUAGUUGGCUUUUCAUUCUUUGUUGUCAAAUUCCUCAAUACCGUUCUAACCGUUUGUUUUGUUAGUUUAAUUUUUAACCUGCCAUUUUAUUUUGGCCUCAGCUUUUCCUGCGCUUCAUGUUCUGUUUAGCCAAUUGAAGAGGCUUUUUGACAAAUGAUUUGAUAUGAACAGUGUAGCAGGAAAACAAGUAAAAUAAGCACAAUAGAGGCAACGU